AUGGCCCUGGGAAUAUUCAGAAAGAACAAAGCGAACGACACCGUCGCACAGAACAAGGACGUCGUAGAAGAGGACAGCAAAGUGGACAACAAGCUGACGGAGUCCACCGCAGCGGAGUCGGAAGUAAAGCCCGUGGUUGCAGGGAAGAAGAAGAAGAACGCGAAGAAAGGUAAGGCGUCGAAGAAGGACGCCUCGUCUGAGUCGUCCAGCUCGUCCGACUCCUCCGACGACAGCGACGGGGAGGAGGUCAAUGGAGAGGUGAACGUAGAGGCGAACCUAGAGAACAACUCCGCGAAUGUAGAGGCAAACGUACAGAGCGACCCCGCGAACGUGGCCAAGUCCAACUCCUCGUCGUCUGACUCGUCCGACUCCUCCGAUUCUUCAGAGGAGGAAGAGACCAAAGCUGCGAAGCCAGCCAAGGGUAAGGCGAUCAAGGCAGAGAAGGCUUCUAAAGCGGCGAAGAAGGCCAAGGCGAAAGAGGCCAAAGAAGCGAAGGAGACCAAAGCGAAGGCAAAAGCGGCUGAGGAGAAAGCGGCGAAGAAGCAGGAAAACAAAUCCGACUCAGAUUCAGACUCCGACACGGACUUCGACUCCGACUCAGAUUCGGAUUCUGAUUCUGACGAGGAUGAAGCGGAACAGAAGAAGCUGCAACAGCAGAAGCAGAAACAACAGAAGCAACAGAAGAAGCUGAAUAACAAGGCGGGUGCGGGAAACCCAAGUGGCGAGCUCGCCAAUGGACAGACCGGAGGAAAGAACAAAAGGAGAAAUGAAAUGACCGUAGCGGACAACAACAAGGGAAAAAAUAAGAAGCAGAAAUUUAACAAAAAUGAAAAAAAUGCAAAGGAUAACAUGGUCAAUGGCGGUGCUGAGGAAGAUGUGGAAGAAGAUGGAGAAGGGGAAGAUGAGGAGGAGGGUAAUUUCCCCACCGAGUUUGUAGUGACCAUACUGAACAUAAGUAGAGACACACAGGAAGAAGAUUUAAGAUCCUACUUGAAGGAGUUACUUAGCGAUGAUUAUGAAGAAGAGAAACUGACGAUCCAUAUGAAUCGACUGUACAACAGUGCCUAUAUAUAUUGUUCAGAAAAAAGCAUCAUGGAUAUCUUCGCUUCAAAAUAUAACGAGAAGUUUAAUGGAGUCCCAAUAAAGAUUCACCUUAACCCGAAUGCCAUCUCUUCCGUUACUCUCUCCCACGUUGGAAAAAACACAACGGAGGAGCAGGUAAGAAGUGCCUUCGAGAAAUAUGGGAAUAUCACCAAAGUGAACUUUUUCGCCGGAAGAACCAAAGCGCAGAUUACAUUUGACACGCUACAAAGCUGUGUUAAGUCCUUGGAACACGAUGGGCUUCUCAUAGGGGAUUGUUAUGUUCACGUGGCGAUGAUGCUGAAUGGGAAUAACUACAAUAGUAACUUCUCCGAAAAUGCGUAUGGGAACAGGGGCCACAGGAAUAACUACCAGGGGAAUAAUAAUAAUGCGAGUAAUGGGCAGGAGAACGAGGGGGGAAAUGGAGGUGGUAGGGGUGGCAACUUCUUUGGAAAGAAGUUUGGCCAUGUGAACAAGUUCAAUAGGAACGGCAGCAACUUCAAUCGAGGAAACGACGAAACCAACGGGGGUGGCGGCGGCUUCAAUAAAGGAAGUGGCUUCAACAAAGGGGGUGGCUUCAACAAGGGAGGCAACUACAAGGGAGGCAGCUUCAACAACAAUGGAGGCGGCUUUAACAACAAUGGAGGAGGCUUCAAUAAAGGAGGUAGCUUCAAUAAGGGAGGCAACUUCAACAAGGGAGGCAACUUCAACAAUGGAGGUAACUACAACAAUGGAGGUAACUUCAACAAUGGAGGUAACUUCAACAAUGGAGGAGGCUUCAAUAAGGGAGGCAGCUUCAACAAGGGAGGCAACUUCAACAAGGGAGGUAACUACAACAAUGGAGGUAACAACAAUGGAACCAACAACAAUGACGACGGGAACGGGAAGAAGUUUAAUAAGAAGCCCUUCAACAACUUCAAGAACAGGAAGAACCAGGAGUUGGCCGCGGGUGCCGACAACUAG